UUUGGGCGCUUUGGGCCAUGCUCACGCGACUCGUGCGCUACGUAACAUUUCAUCUUAGUCAUUUCAAGGAUUCGCUUUUUGCUACGAAUAUCCCCAUGUCUGGCCGUGCAGAGCAACGCUAUUGCUUCCGUAGGAAUACCAUCGUUCGAGAUUUAUCCAUCGGCCUCGUGACGAUUAUGUUCAUAGGGAUAUUGUGCAUCCACCUCCCUGAAGCGACUCUCCGAUUGCAAGCAUGGUUUCAGUCAGGACAUGCAAACGAUGGCCGCGAACGGGAGCGCAUCAUGGAAAGGCAGGGCUUCAGGAACACCGAGCUAGGCCACGAGCUGCCUUGGUUCAUGAAAGGCGGAGUGAUACGACCGUCGCCGUCCAGUCGGGUGGACCGCAAGUUAUGGCCCGUGAAUGGGUCGGACGAUGACCGUAUUGUGGAACAGCUGAUGUAUGUCCCACCAGGGUACACCAGUCAGAAGGGCGACAACGGUCUAAAGACGAUAUUGCUACGAGGCCGCCUUCCUGACUUUCACGAGGGACGUCGUCUUUUCGUUCGUGACCAGUGUCCCGUCGACACAUGUCAGGCGUUCGUCUUGAACGACAGUCGACCUGCGGACGCCAUUUUGUUCCCAAGUGGAUACGAAGAGGCGCGACCGAGAGACCCACGAGAGAUCUGGAUCUUCUAUGCGUUGGAAAAUCCCGUUCAUGUCCCGCUUUGGUCAGAAUAUGUCAGAUUCAACUGGACUGCAACUUAUCGAAGAGACUCGGUGAUUGUGACACCAUACGAGAAAUUCGUCCCCUUUGAUGCUCCGGUGAAGAAACUGACUCUUAAUGGCAGAAACUUCGCUAAAAACAAGACCAAGUUGGUGGCCUGGUUUGUGUCCGACUGCCGCACGCCCAACAUGAGAAUGGAGUACGCAAAGGAGUUGGCAAAAUACGUACAGGUGGACAUUUACGGAUCUUGCGGGCCGUUAAAGUGCCCACAUGCCAUGUCGGAGCAAUGCUUCCGAAUGCUGGACGAAGAGUACAAGUUCUACUUAGCCUUCGAGAGCGUUAACUGCAGGGAUUACAUCACGGAGAAGCUUUACAACGCAUUAAGGCAUAACGUUGUGCCAAUCGUGAUGGGGGCGAGUCCGGAGGAGUAUCGCAGAGCAGCGCCGUACCACUCUUACAUCCACGUGGAUGACUUCGAGACACCGAAGGAUUUGGCAAAAUACCUCGGAGACCUCGAUCGCAGUGACGACCUGUACAACGAGUACUUCGCGUGGAAAGGCACCGGAGAAUUCAUCAACACGUUCUUCUGGUGUCGCCUGUGUGCAAUGCUUCACGCUCCCCCGCCCGUCGCCUAUGGCAUAUCCCACGACAUUUUUGCGUGGUGGGGGGAUGGUGCGUGUCGCGCACCCAAGCGUGUGAAAACCUAAGCGUGAUAGCCUUGCGCUGUGAUUGUUUCAUCGUUUCACCUGUUUCGUUUCAGCAGACUUCUGCCGUACUUCCAAUGCAGAGUUCAACUGUGUUCAAUUACAAAUUGUAUAUGUAAAUAG